AUGUUCGCCAAUCCCCUCGACUCGACGACCAUCACCGCUGGCACCACUACCAUACGACAUCGCUUCGAACGAAAAGCCCGCGCUUCCGACUAUGCUGCAUGUACCAAUACACCUCCUCGCCAAAUCUGGCUCAUGGGCACUUGUCUUGGGAGGUUGGCGUUUGGCGAAGUCAGGCCGUAUCCUAUCAGACAGUUCUCCAAACUUGAAGACGUCCUUCGUGUGAGCUUGACGAGGUGGACUGAAGAAGACGCUCUGAAGAUGGUCGCAAUGACAAACUUUCUGGGCAUCCACUAUGCCACUCGAUACCCGAGGAGCGGAUUCGAUGGAGAGGCGGAUAAGAAAGCCGGCCAUGUUUCUGACGGCCUCCACACCGGUCGCCAAGAGAGCCAGAGACCAUUGGAGGAAAGCGGCGGCACUAGUUUCAACGAGGAUGAGGCAGAAGACGAGGCCGCCGAUGUCUCUUACAAUAUGGCCAACACCGGGUGGAAACCAGCCAGCGCUAUCGACCAGGUUGACGUAUUGCGGCCGGUGCUCAGGAGGUAG